AUGGCGCUUCUUUCAGCAGAACACCUGGCUGGGCCGGGCUACAUCAUUCUCAACGUCCUUCGUGGACUCAACAUCAUUGCUCUGGCUUCAGUCGUUGCCAGCAGUGUUGUCAUGCUUGUCAAGACUUUUAUCAUUUCCAAGUUCUUCUUCUUCGAUGCCACGAGCCAUGUCAUCACCGCAUUUGCUGGGCUCUUCUUCAUCGUUUCAGAAUGCUCGCUCUUCCGCGGUUUCUUCGCCCGCAACUGGCCUCUUCUAAGCCCUUCUCACGGCUUCGUCACCCUAGGCUGUGCCAUGAUGAUUAUCGGCAUGAACCUCCUCGGCAACAUGAACAAAGAAGCUACGAGCCAAAAGUCGCUCACCAUGCCCUUCUGGCGCCUCCUCGUCGCCUCGGGCGUCCUCUCCUUCGUCAUUGGCCUCUUCAACAUAAUCGCCAGCUUCAUCUUCCGCGACAAAUCCCGCAACAUCACCGCGCGCAUGGUCCGCUCCCGCGGUGCCAUGACGCUCCAUGAAGACCUCGAAACCCAAUCCCAAUGGACGGGUUCAAACUAUGAGUCCAAACUCAAACCCUUCACCCUCUCCUCCCACCAAACCGGCAGCACUUCCUCCCGCUCCCCGCCCACGCGCAUGCCCACUCCCCCCGUAGACUGCGGCUCCCCGCCUCAACCCCAAAACAAAGAUACCACUGACGCCCACCACCUCUCCCAAUUCGACUUCAAUCCCCUCCGCGCCCUCCGCACAGCCCGCCAAUCCUUCCUCCCCUCCUACCACUCUCAGUCCCCCGCAAAGCUAAACGUCUUCUCUAACCGCCCCGCCUCCUCCAUCUACUCGCGUACCACCUCGGGCGAACCCUCCCGCAAGCGCUUCUGGCAGCGCCAGCGCGAAGAGCAGGAGCAGGAGACUGCCCGCAUGCCCGAGAUUAGCUAUCCGCUCAAUGUCAACCCGCAGUUUGCGCACUUGGUCAAGCCGGAUAUGGCGCAUCAUCCUAGCGUCAGGCGCCCAGAGUUUGAUUUCGAUACUAAUAAGAUUUGA